AUGUUUCGCCGAAUGCUGUUGCUUUUCUCAAUUAUUUAUUUAUCCGCGUGCAAUGGACAGACAGAAGCUCCCGAAAAGAACCGUAUGAUGGGAAUAGACGCUGUUCAUGACAACAACGUGAAAAUCGACAAAGACACAAUAAUUACUCGUAAUUUGAAAUUGGAGAAACGGAGCCGUGGACCGAAAUCGGUUCCUAAUAAAAAUGAGGAUCAAAUAGAGCCGGACUGGUCCUAUGCGAAUUUUCCCAAGGAAGUAUCGGAACACGUUGAGAAGUUUAAAAAGAACAUGACCGAGUGCUUGAAGGAAGUUCAAACUAGUGACAAGAGGCCUGUCAAGCGCCUCUCUCCUAAAAUGGAGUCUCCUGUUCAUGGCGAAUGUCUCAUUGCUUGUGUUUUAAAACGUAACGGUGUUAUUAUUAAUGGAAAAGUUAAUAAAGAUAACUUAAUAGCUCUUGUAAGUAAGUUCUACUCCAAAGACACCAGGCUCAUGAAAAAAUUGGAGAAGAAUUUGGAUCGUUGCAUUGAAAUGAGUGUGCGUGCUCAAGACGACUGCGCGUUGGCUUCGGUGCUAAACGAUUGCACGAACGACCUCAUGGCCAGUAAUAAACACAAAAUAAUGGUUAACUAUUAA